CAUCGCGCCUCUCCGCCGAGCCGCUCGGGGGCGGCACCUCGUUCAUGAAGUCUUCGCACGCAGGAAAUGAUGGCCGACGCUGUCGAUUCUCCAGCCAAUCCUGGCACUCCUUAACUCAUCCCUCUCUCUUAUUGGAUAAAAGGGAGCUCAGCAGGGCGGAUGUUGUCCUCCCUGCGAAGAUCAAAGUAGGCAAGAUGGCGUCGAGCGGCGGGGAGCUAGGGAAUUUAUUUGAUCACCACGUCCAGAGGGCGGUAUGCGACACGCGGGCCAAAUAUCGGGAGGGGCGACGGCCUCGUGCUGUCAAGGUAUAUACAAUCAAUUUGGAAUCUCAGUACUUAUUAAUACAAGGAGUUCCUGCUGUGGGAGUCAUGAAGGAAUUAGUUGAGCGAUUCGCUUUAUAUGGUGCAAUUGAACAGUACAAUGCUCUAGAUGAAUACCCGGCAGAAGACUUUACUGAAGUUUAUCUUAUUAAAUUUAUGAACUUACAAAGUGCAAGGACAGCCAAGAGAAAAAUGGAUGAACAGAGUUUCUUCGGUGGAUUGCUUCAUGUGUGCUAUGCUCCAGAAUUUGAAACAGUUGAAGAAACUAGAAAAAAACUACAAGUGAGGAAGGCAUAUGUAGUAAAAACUACUGAAAAUAAAGACCAUUACGUGACAAAGAAGAAAUUGGUUACAGAGCAUAAAGACACAGAGGAUUUUAGACAAGACUUCCACUCAGAGAUGUCUGGAUUUUGUAAAGCUGCUCUGAACACUUCUGCAGGGAACUCAAAUCCUUAUCUUCCAUAUUCCUGUGAAUUGCCUUUAUGUUAUUUCUCCUCAAAAUGUAUGUGUUCAUCCGGGGGACCUGUAGACAGAGCAUCAGACUCCUCUAAGGAUGGUAGAAACCAUCAUAAAACAAUGGGGCAUUAUAACCACAAUGACUCUUUGCAGAAAACACAGAUAAACUCUUUCAAAAACUCAGUGGCCUGCCCUGGUGCACAAAAGGCUAUUACAUCUUCAGAGGCAGUUGACAGAUUUAUGCCUAGGACAACACAACUGCAGGAGCGCAAAAGAAGAAGAGAAGAUGAUCGUAAACUUGGAACUUUUCUUCAAACAAACCCAAGAGGUAAUGAGGUUAUGAUUGGACCUCUGUUACCAGAUAUCUCUAAAGUGGAUAUGCACGAUGACUCACUGAAUACAACAGCGAAUUUAAUUCGGCAUAAACUUAAAGAGGAAAUUGAGGAUUAUACUGCUUCCUGCUCAUUUCUCCAAACAUUUUCAUCCCCCCAAAUCUAUCAAACAUUAUCAGUGUUUCAAGAAUGCAAAACCAGGAUAUCUAUCUGAAUCCGUAAUAUAACAAGUGUCUUUAGAUCUAUAAAGGAAUGUUAAAGUAGAGCAUAUGUUCACUUUUCUUCCUCCAAAUUUUUUUCUUUUUAAAUAGCUUUAGAAAUUUUACUGUCAUCAGUGUUCGAACGGAAAACUUCAGUCUGUGCCUAGGUCAUAGGCUGUACCUUGAACUCAGGCCAACUCUGCCUCAAAAGUGACAUCAAGGAUUGAACUAUUGGAUGUAGUCUUACCUCUUCUAAUAGCUUAUUUACUCCUGUGCUAUAGAAACUAAGUUUUAAUAGUUCUUUUUUUUUUUUUUUUAAUUAGGUAAUUUCAUCUGUGCCAAAGCCUCCAGAGGACAAGCCGGAAGAUGUACAUACAACUCAUCCAUUAAAACAAAGAAGAAGAAUAUAGAGUGCCAGCAGCAAAUUAGUAUUUUCUAAAAAGAACAUUUAUUAUUUAUUUUUAGCCUGACAUUUUAAUUCUUCCAAGAGAUUUUACUGCUGGUAUUUUUUAAUGCACUCCUCUUUGUAAUUUCAUUCAAGCUAUUUGUCUAAAGUCAUUUCUUUGUUUUUUUGGAGAUAGAGUCUUGCUCUGUUGCCCAGGCUGGAAUGCAGUGGCGUGAUCUCAGCUCACUGCAACCUCUGCCUCCCGGGUUCAAGCGAUUCUCCUGCCUCAGCCUCCUGAGUAGCUGGGAUUACGGGCGUGCACCACCACGCCCAGCUAAGUUUUGUGUUUUUUUAGUAGAGAUGAGGUUUCACCAUAUUGGUCAGGCUGGUCUCAAACUCCUGACCUCGUGAUACGCCUGCUUCAGCCUCCCAAAGUGCUGGGAUUACAGGCAUGAGCCACCGUGCCUGGCCCAUUUCUUCUUUUUUUGACCCAUACUUAAUGUUGCAGAAACUAUUCUUGUCAUAACAUUACUUCUCAUGUACAGUAAUUAUAUGUAAAUUAAUUGAAGCAAAUAUGGAAACUUUACAAUAGAAAUAAAGAUAGGCAGCCAGCAUCUGUUUCCAAUUAUAAUACAAGUAUUGAAUGAGCCAUUGAAACGCUAGAAUUCAGGAUGUUUCCGAAUGCCAGGGUUUCAAAAUCAAGACAAUUCUAUGAAGUAGAAAGUAGAUUAACUGUUAGAACAAAGCUGAAAUUAGAAUCUUAUAUGCUUUAAUUAACCUUUAAGAAGAAUUUGCUUGACCUGUGGCAAUCCAAAAAUAAAUCAGUAUUUAUAAAUUCUAGACUUCUGUUACUACUUAUGGCAUAUCCACACUUUUUUCUGUCAGUGGAUCACUGAAUUGGAAAUUUCAGUACACCUAGGCUGUCUCUAUUUUCUUUUUCUUUUUUUAUUUUUAGUAGAGACAGGGUCUCACUGUGUUGCCCAGGCAGGUAUUGAACUCCUGGGCUCAAGUGAUCCACCCACCUCGGCCUCCCAAAGUACUAGGAUUACAGGUAUGACCCACUGUGCCUGGCCAUUUUCUUUACUGAUAAAAAUAACUUGGCCGGGCGCGGUGGCUCACGCUUGUAAUCCCUGCACUUUGGGAGGCCGAGGCGGGCGGAUCACGGGGUCAGGAGAUCGAGACCACGGUGAAACCCCGUCUCUACCAAAAAUACAAAAAAUUAGCCGGGCGUGGUGGCGGGCACCUGUAGUCCCAGCUACUCGGAGAGGCUGAGGCAGGAGAAUGGCGUGAACCCGGGAGGCGGAGCUUGCAGUGAGCCGAGAUCGCGCCACUGCACUCCAGCCUGGGUGACAGAGCAAGACUCCGUCUCAAAAAAAAAAAAAAAAAUAAAAUAAAAAUAACUUGAGAAGGUCCA